AUGAACGGACCAAUGUAUUUCAUACGUGACGUUAGAGUGCCUACACAGCGUCCUCGAAACUCGGCCGAAGUUCACGAAGCCCUAGAGGUCCUGCAUCCAGUUGUUCCCAGGGGACCUCUAAGAACAACCAGCAUCACGAAGAUAAAUCUCAUGGCGUCCAACAUCCCCCAGUCCACAGCCAGAGUUAUGAACCUGACUUUCCUAUCAGUGGGAGUCGCUUUAAAUUUCUCGGUGAUCCUAGUGAUCAUUUCCAAAAAAUCUAUGAGAACAGCUACCGGCCUCCAUUACAUCAGCCUGACGCUCUCCAAUAUGGUGAUCCUAAUCGAGCCAUUCGAAGAAGUGCUCAAAUGGUUCUUCGCGGUGGACAUGAAACUGAACAUGGACUACGUGUGCAUGAUAAGCUUCGACGUGUCCGUGAUAACCAUCGCGAUACUCAAGCUACUGCUCUACAUCGAUAUAUUCCAGCAGCACACGUCACUAGGCCAACUCCUGCUGAAGAAGAUGACCGCGAUGAAAGGGAUUCUCUUGACCUGGGCCGCGUGCAUUGUUUGCCUUGCCAUCGGUCUGCAUAUUUAUGAUUUUUUCGAAGGAGACAUGGCUGAUAUUUACGUGUGGAACACGAUUAUGUUCAUCAUCAUGCCGCUUUUCAUAUACAUCGCUCUUGACUGCUUGAUCUUGUACGAGCUGCUGAUACUCAAGGAGACUGAGGGAUCUUGGCGGUUGAAGGAACUAAGACAAUUUGUCAUGUUGGUGAUCGUCGCGAUUGCUUUCCUUACAAUUCGCACGCCGUACCGAGUCGCCAGGGCGGUAAAUUUCAUAGAGCCAAAAGCGUCAUGUUGCACGGACAGUAAGAGGGAGAUUCUCUAUUUCAUUGCCAAGACGUUUCCAGCGGUCUGCUCCAUUAUUUACAUUAUAAUGUCGAGUGAAUUUCACGAAGCUCUUAAGGACCUACUGAAAUGUCGAUGUCAAAGGUCGCCGAAGGAAACAGUAUGACGUUCAGCUUCGCUUAUUCGCUACUCUCCUACGUAAUUCAACGAUCCAGAUGAAGACGAGCAAGAAAGAGGAAUGCUAAAGGAACAUCGACAGAAUUCGCAACGCAUUUGUACGGCGGAGGCUGGGGUGUCGCGGCCGCAAAGUCGCGAAUUCAUUGC